GUAAGCAGCCUCGUAGUCUGUCGACACUGUGCCCGAUGGGAGAGCCACUCAUGCUGGACGAGACCCGGAAACGACCCUUCCUGUGUGGCACUGACCCCGGCAAGCCGCAGUGCCCCACCCUCUACAAGUGCCAGGUCUCUAGAGGUCAGGACUACGGCGUGUGCUGCGCAGCCGUGGAGCAGCUGCAGAAGCCGGGUCAGUGCCCCAUGGAGGGGGGGAACUCCCUGGUGGGGGUCGGGGGGGAAGAGGAGGAGAUGAGGUGCGGUGCCUCAUGCCUCCACGACCUCCAGUGCCCUUCUACCCAGAAGUGCUGCAUCUCCGAUAUCUGUGGCCAGCACUGCGUCCAGCCCGUCAACCUUACAGCCUGCCUGCAACAGCGGAUGAUCGCGGAGCUGCUGCUGGUGACGGAGCGGGAAGGGAAGGGCUACGUGCCUCAGUGUCAAGAGCACAGCGGCCUCUACCAGCCCCGUCAGUGCUCCAGGAACGGGCUCAUCUGCUGGUGUGUGGACCCCCACGGCAACAAGCUGGCCAGGACCCUCGCUGCUGCCCAUGAGGUCGACUGUCGCCACCUGACUGCGGGAGGCGAAGAAGGCGGGCCGUGCCCGGGUGACACGCUGUGCUCCUCCACCUGCGAGUAUGGGUACCAGGUGGGCGCCGACGGCUGCCCCACCUGCGACUGCGACGACCCCUGCCAGGAGCUCACCUGCUCGGAGACCUCUACCUGCGUCAUGAGGAAAAAUCCCGGGUGUGAGGGCGACUCCUGCUCCGCCACCCCAAUGUGUCUCUCCAACGACUCAGACGAGCUGCUGCACCCGUCUACCACCACCACUACCACCACCACCACCACCACCACGCCCACGCCUCCGCCCGCCUGUCCCAACGGUCUGACGCCCCUGUCUGUGGGCGGGGUGGUGGCCCAAUGUGACGCAGAGACGCCCUGCCCGUCUGACCACAUGUGCACGCCCCCGGCCUCGCCCCACGCCCAUCCCGCCUGCUGCCCCGUCGUCUCAAUCAUAGAAGCGACCAAGCCUGGCCAGUGUCCGUUCGUGAGAUCUGCUACUGCUGAGCUGUGUAAUGGGCCGCGGUGUGCUGCUGACUCCGAGUGUGCCCAUGACCUAAAGUGCUGUGUUGUGCCAGGCUGUGGCCCUUCCUGUGUCCCCCCACAGCCUCCCCAGAACCUCUCGCUUGAACACGGCCUUCUGCAGGGACCAACCAUGUGCGAGUACCUGCGUGACCUGGUGGAGCUGGAGGGCGUGACCCUGGCCGUGCCCACUCCCACCUGUGACGAGAACGGCGCCUAUGACCAGGUUCAGUGUAACGGGCUGGCCCAGUGCUGGUGCGUCGACGACUUCGGCACACAGAUCCCCGGCACCAAAGCAUCGUCCCGAGAAUUGGUGGUGUGCGAUCGUGCGCGCGCGGCUGUGACCUGCGGGGAGAUGCUGUGUCGACUUGGCUGCGACUACGGCUUCGUGCUGGACCCCGACACUGCCUGCCCACUCUGCCAGUGUCGCGACCCUUGCCUGGAUGUGACGUGCACAUCUAGUCACAUCUGCCAAAUGGUGGACAUUCCAUGUGUGGAUGGUGUAUGUCCAGCCAUCCCCCAGUGUGUGCCUGUGGUGGAGGCCUCGGCAGCACCCACCUGCCCCCUCGGAGAGCCCUACACCCUGCCAGAGACCAACGCCACCCUUGCCUGCAGCCCCCGGGCAAGGGCCCUUGAGUGCCCUCAGGGCUACUCCUGCUUUGCUGAUGACAGUACUAUCGAGGGGGUCUGCUGCCCAAGUCCAGGCAAUGGCAAGAAAACUGGACAGUGUCCAUUCCUAGUGCCAGUGCUGAGUGGAAACUGUGACCUCGAGUGUUCUGAGGACUCUCACUGCCUCGGUGAUGCCAAGUGCUGUAGUAAUGGCUGCGGGACCCAGUGCCUUCAGCCCAUUGUCAUGACAGCUUGUGAGCACCAACGUACUCUACUGGAACACCGUGCUCGGGAGGCUGGCAUCCCAGCUGGACGUGUCUACCUUCCCCAGUGUGAUGAAACGGGAGCCUUCUUGUCGACACAAUGUCACCCCGCCACACUGACCUGUUGGUGCGUUGACACCCAGGGCCAAGAGGUGCCAGGUACCCGGGUCAGCCAGCCAGCACACCCUAACUGCCAGGAACCUCUUGUUUGCCCGGCUAUGAACUGCGACCUUGCAUGCCUACACGGCUAUAGUCUGGAUGCCUCUGGUUGUCCCACGUGUGCUUGCCGUGACCCUUGUGAAGAGGUGACCUGUGCCACCCCAUUGGAGGAGUGCCGGAUCGUCCACGUGGCAUGUGUGGAUGAACCAUGCCCACCCCUGCCUGUCUGCCUGCCACGUCUAGAGAACCCAUGCCCAUAUGGCUCACCUCUGAGGUUAAAUGAGAGCGUUGUAGAAUGUGGUCCUGAGGGAAGCACUUGUCCCUCUAGCCAUAAGUGUCACCUCUCACCCCUGGGAGAGUAUGCUCUCUGCUGCCCAAAACCUCGGGAAGUUUGCUAUGAGAGGAAAGAUUCGGGAUACUGUGAAGGAGCUAUUAAACGAUGGUUUUUCAAUGCUGAAUCCAAUCGCUGUGAGACCUUCCGUUUCGGUGGCUGUGGAGGAAACCUCAACAACUUUGAAUCAGAAGAUGAAUGCCUGUCAGCUUGCCCAGCUCUCAGCUCCUGUGAAAAAAUGAGAGAGAAGAAUAUACGAAAUGCUGACAAGGAUAAAAAGGUAACCUUCAUUCCCAAGUGUGACAAGAACCGGGGUUCAUGGCUCCCAGAGCAGUGCCUCGAGGAACUAGGAGUGUGCUGGUGUGUCUCACCCCAAGGGGACCAGAUGCCGGGCUCUCUCACCCGUGGUGCCCCUCAGUGUCAGGGUACUGCCAGGUCGUCCAGGAGAAUGAACUUUGAUCCAACUACUCCUACCAAUAUGAUUUGUGAGCCUGGUCAGACAGUCCACGUUUGUGACAAGAGCCUGUGUGAGAACCAGGUGUGUUUCUCCCACCCCCAUGCUGUGUGCCGAGUUAAUCCGUGUGGUGGCUGCUUGGUACAAUUUGUUGACGAGUUUAACUCCCCAGUAAACUGUGAAGUCGGUCUUACUGAGUGCCAGAGAGAACUGCAGCGAGUGCUUAACUCGCCAAUCUUUACAAGGCCUGCAAUGGCUUUCUCAGGACGCACAUUCCCCACUUCACAUGCUGAUCGUCAAGUGCACUAUGAUGUUGACCUCUUCCGAAAUGUGGAUGUAUACCACGCUCGACCUCUUGACAUGGAUGAUGUCUCCAACUCGGAAUCCCUCCGUCGGGCCCGUUACAUGAAUGUUGAGUCCCCUGGGUCACUAACAGUGUCUGGGGAUGUUGUGGUUGAGGCACAGGCACACUCGAGGCUCAUUCGUGCUGUGCCACAAGUAAAGAAUACAGUACCUGAGUCACCCUUGGUGGAAUCAACUCUGAUGGACCCUGAUGAUCUAGCUCGGCGCCUAGCAGGCCCUCUUAGCACAACCAUCGACCUUUUCCCAAGUAUUGAGGAGUUCCCACCAAGACUUACCCUUGAUGACACAUUUGAAGCUGUCCCUACUGAAGAUCUGGUGCCCAAGCCUGGAACAUGCCCGAAUCCCCCCAGCGACCUCUCCCUCCUGACGUGUGCGCCCAGCCAGCAAUGCAUGUUCGACACCCACUGUGAGGGCUCCAGAAAGUGCUGCUUCAAUGGGUGUGGGGCAGUGUGUGUCGAACCCCAGGAGACGCCUGCUUCGACACAAGGCAUGACAGUGCAGGCGCCGGUAUGUGAGGCUGAUGGAGCUUAUGCACGGGAACAACGUGCAGGUGGCCUCACCUGGUGUGUGGAUGUCAAGGGCCAUCCCAUUCACGAGACACUCACCCGUGGACAUGUCCGGUGUGGGCCAAAUGGUCAGAUUCUGGAACAGGUCUCCGUUGGAUUUGUAUGUGCACGUGGAGUGAGGGCACGGGUGUGUAAAAACGAAUGUCUUCAUGCUUCAUGUCACUCGCAUCCCGAAGCCGUCUGUGUGGCCGAUCCCUGCAAUGACUGCCGUGUCUCCUUUUACAGUGCAAGUGGAGAGAAAGUUCACUGCGAGGGUCGCUGCUCCCAGACCCUGGCUAGGGGCAUGUGCCGCGCCUCUUUCAAACGUUACUUCUACAAUGCCACUGCCGACCAGUGCCAAGAAUUCAUUUUUGGUGGGUGUCUUGGCAACGAUAACAAUUUCAAUACAAUGGAAGAGUGCCAACAGGAGUGUCAAAAUCCAGAUAUCUGCAGCCAACCAGUUCAGGCUGGGGUGUGCUCGGGCGGGGAGGCUCGGUGGUACUACAACACUGACACCAGGAAAUGUGAGCCCUUCCUCUACAGUGGGUGUGGUGGCAAUGGCAACAACUUCAAGAGCAAGAGCAGAUGCGAGGCCCACUGCCCCAAUUUUGUAUUGUGUCCCUACUGGUCAGCAGCCAGCAUGGAGCCUGUGCCAUGCUCUCGAGCCACAGCAUGUGUCAAUCAGACAUGUCAUGGCCACCCGGGAGCCGUAUGUGUUGCCGACGCUUGUACCUGUACCCCAAGUUUUGUUGAUGACCAGGGCCGCUCUCUCACAUGUCUCUCUCCCACCGAGCCCCCAAAGACACGCCUCGCUUUCACUUUUGAAGAGCAGGAUUCUAGCAGCAGUGACAAUGACAAAAAUGAAGAUGAAAACAUGAACAGCAGUGAAGAAGAGAAUGACAACAUCAGUGAGAAGAGCAGCGGCCCUGUCACCAUUUACCUGGAGGGAGAGCCAACCCUGACACGCUGUCAGCUCCUUCAACGACAUCUUCAGGAGAAUAACUCUUUGAAGUACGUAGCUCAGUGUGAUGAAGAGGGCCGAUUUAUCCCUACACAGUGUUACACGCCAUCCAGUGACGAGCAGAGAUUUACAGAAAACCCAAAAUGUUGGUGUGUGGAUGAGACUGGGCACAAGACUCAGCCUACUGUCUACUUCACUCGUGGCGAGAGGGACUGUGAUCAAGUGGCUGUAGAAUCAGUAGUGGUGACAUUGGGCUUCCGUGGACGUGAAGCUGGCGUAAAGCAUCUAGGCAAAGCUAAAGGCAAAGAAAUACGUGAUCAGGUGAAUAAUCUUCUGAAACAAAUGACUGCCGAGACCCUGGAAAAUGAGGUGGGCGUCGUAGACCUUCCUGACCUCACUCAGGUUAAAUUCACACUUCUUGGCAAUAACAAAAUUGAUGUAGCAUACCAACUUGAGGAAAAGGUGAAGAAAGGCGAGCUAGCACUACAAGUGGACGAGGAACGUCUUCCUGCUGAUCUACGAGCAUCGUGGUUCCACCAUCAGGUGUCAGAGCCCAGGUGGGAGACACCAAUGCAAGUGCGUUCUGGAGCCAGAGAGGUGGUAAGCCAAGCUGUAGCUCUGGAGCCACCCUAUCUUGCUGCUACUGUCAUCUUUACUGUCAUCUCUGCCAUGUUAGUCUGCGGACUGGUGGUGGCUGUUGUCCUCUACCGCAGGCACAAAACAGGACAAUACCCUAAGGGUCCUCGAGGAUCAAUGCAGUCCCUGGCCUUCAGUGACUCUUCCAUUGACCGACGCAGCACUUCCUCUAAGCUCUCAGACCAGUUUCAACCACCUCCACCACGACGACCAACCGUCACAACUGUUGAAAAUGAAUAUCGAAAUGGUCGUCACUAAAUAAGAAUUAAUAAGGCUGUGGUCUGUAACCAAACAAUAGUUUUGUUUGCAAGUGCAGACUUUGUUCACUAUCUUUUUUUGCAGGGCAAAAUAGUUACAAUUGCAAUAUGCGUAAAAUACAUUAGAAUUUGUAGAUCAUAUGCAGGGUAAUAAUGUGAAUUUUGUGAAAGUUAAGUUUAAUAAACUUAAAUUCUUAAGAAUAUAAACAUUGAAAUACUUCUCAGAGCAUUAAAAAUAAAUACAUUAAUCUUUAUUACCAACCAUUUAACCCACAAUGAAUAGAAGCAGCAUGUUUGAUCAACUUACAGUUUUAGAUCAACAAAGUGAGUACAUCCACACACUUGUGAUAAAAGCAAUAUAAAAUAAAAAGUGAACUGCAACCCAGGAGCUUCAGUUCCAUUUAAUCAGAAUUGUGUCAGUAUUACACAAUGCAAUAAAAACUAACAAGAAAUUAAAUUAUUGUUUUGAAUUCUAUGGUAUAGUUCUGAGCCUUGAACCAAAAUAUCAGUGGGUUGGAUCCUGGGGAAGGUCAAUAGUUGGCCUAGGGCAAGGGUGCCAAACCUAUGACAUGUGUGCCCAUUUUGGCAUGCAAGUAAGUAUUGCUGGCACACAGCAUGCAGUGCUGCUCCCUUGAUGCUUUGAAAACCCCACCCAUAAUAUAUUUAUUUAGGGGGUCCCAGUAGUACAGAUCAUAUGCAGAGUUCAUUCUCAACUCACAAUUGAGACUUCCAGGUUUUAAUCCCAGGCAGGACAGAAAUUGUUGGGUGCAUUUCCUAUCACCUAAUGCUCCUGUUCAUUAUUGCUUACUGCUUAAAGACGUAUGUACCCAGUAGUCAGUCAGCUUGUUGUGGGGUCAGUAAUUCGACUUUGGGGGAUCUCGAUAUAAGCCUAACAUGUAUAAACAUACAUUGGCUACCUGUCUUUCCGACGCAUUGAUUAUAAUAAUUUAUUAUGGACUAUUCUUAAACAGACCUUUUUAAGAACCUGUAAAAUAGGGUAAAAUACAAAUAAUAUAAUAAAUAAUCUGUGGCUCAAAAUUUCCAUGGGCACAUGCUAUCAUUUUUUAGAAGAUCAUUGCCAAUUUGGGCACAUGCUGUCAAUAAAGGUUUGCCAUACCUGGCCUAGGGGGAACUCGAUAAGUCUAAGCACAGACUUCCUGUCCCUGACAACAGGAAUUAUUAUGGUUAAAUAAAAAGAAUGAGGAGAUUGUGAGUGGAAUCACGAACAUGACCCUGCAAGUAUUAUUAUUUUACAGAUUUAUUAUUAUUUUUAUGACAUGUAAUAAAUUAAGAUGUCAGAAAAUGGUGAAAAAGAUAUUUUUGUAAGACGAUUUCUAAGACACUGCUUACUAAUGUGCAACUAAAGAAAUUGUAUUGAUCAUCAUAUGAGGUAGACACCAAAAAUAUGGGCAACUUUAAUUAUGACUGGAUAAUUUUGAAUUAAAAGACACCCAGUAAAUAUUGAACAACUAACAAAAAAUGGCUUUGAAAUUUGGAUAUACAGUACCUUGAAGUGGGUGCGAGGAUCAGUGUCCUUGUGGCCCGGUCUCUGAUCAGGCUUCCUGGUGUAUAGUCUGGUCAACUCAUCUGUUACACACUUGCUUACAGUGUGACUUAUGAACCACAGUCCAGUUGAUCAGGUAUCCUUUGGAGGUAUUAAACAAGUUUAAAGAUGGCAGCAGUUAUGCAGUCUCAAGUCUGGCCAAAAUUACUUUAUUUAGUAAGAAAAUAUAAUUCAUCAGAUUAUAAAUAUAAAUUUAGAAAUUUAGCAGGCCAUACAAGCAAAUUCAGAAUGAUUCUUACUCUACAGCUCUAAGCUUACCAAACUGUUAAAAUGUCAAAUGUGAAGUCUUUCAUUUAAGUAAAUUUAUAACACAGAUUUCUGGACAAAAAGGAGAUGAAUACUUGUACAGUACCUAGUUUGGUGGUGGUGUCAGAUGCCUAAAUAAAUUUGGCCAAUGUCUCCCAAACAUUCAACGUUUCCAGUGCUCAAAAAAGACUUGCAUUACCAUUAAUGCCUGAGUCGAAACACUGUUUCUUUAAUUUAUUUUUAAUUUUUUUAAUUUUAUGAUCCUUUAAAAACAAGAUCAUGAUUUCUAUAAACAUUGUAAUAAAAAUAUAAAGUAUUGCCAAAUAAUCAAAGUUACAAGCUUUCUGGAGCACUUAAAAGAUGCUUAAAGUCAAUAAAGCUUUAUCUAUGUUGCUAGUUGUGAUCAUUUGCAUUCUUUAAUACUUUGUUGGUCAUUUUACUAUUGCUCAAAAGUGCUUUGAUAUGAAGAAAAUAGUUCUAAAUUAAAACAAAAUAUAAAAACAUUGUUUACUGUAGAAAAAAUGGCUUUAUUUUCAUAAAAAUUCAAAAUUAUUGUCACGAUCUUGUUUUGAGGAAGAACAUUUUCAUCAUUACUUUGUAGGUCCUCAUAGGUCUCUCAUUGUGAGUUAAAUUAAAUAACUUGGGGACAUUAGUAGACAAAUAUUAUAGUGUUAAUGAGACUAUGACCCUGAUGAAUCAAUGUGAAAAUUUCACUACUGUAUUCACAAGUGAAUGUGCGCUAUGUACAAGGAAGUGUUAUUAUAAUAAUAAAUGCCACACUCCCACUUAAUGGCAUCUUGUAGCUCCUAUUUUACCUGAAAAAUGAAAACAAACAAUGGUAUUAGUCUUACAGUGUGUCCAAUGUUAAUUAUUUAACCCACUUCUUGAUUUGAAGGACAGAAACUGGCCUGAUUACAAAGAAGAGUCAAAGAUUGUGGCAAAGUAUUUCUGGGGCAUUUUCACAUGCUCGCUUACCAAUUUUGUGUCUCUUAAGUAGGUUAGGUAUUUUUCUAGCCAUUUUUAAACAUAGUUACCUUUGUACAAGGUUUCAUUCAUAAUGCCGUGUGUUUUCACUAGAACUUGUAGGGUAAAAAAAAAAAAUAGUGUUUUAGCAAUAAUGAUGCCUGUAUAAUAAUGCACAAUCUUACCUGUACUAUGCACCAUGUAUAUUUCAGUAUAAUUACUAAUAUUUUGUAAUGCCAUUAGAUAUUUGUCUUUUGAUAUAAUUUUGUAGUUAUACUGUACCUUACAAUCAUUUAUAGUACACACAGAAUAUUACCGUGCUUUUUUUUUUGUAAUAUUUAUGUUAAUUACCGAUUCUUUUGUGCUGGUCACAUUUUCCAUAUUUCAUCUGAAAUCACUGUACAUUUGUUCAGCCAUUAACUUCUUUUUCAUUAUAUAGGAACUUAAGCUCAAUUGAACGCACCCAGAGCCUUUGUGUGUGUAAUACUGAAGCAACACAACAAUGAAAGCAGAUAGGGCUAUACAGUAGAAUUGUUACAAAUCCCCAAUUUCCUACCCAUUCAACCCUUAGGUCUUUUAUCAUGUUAUAAAAUAUCACUUCUUAAGCACAAGCAAUAGAAGAGAAUUCAAACUUUCAUUUGUUGCUGAAAGUAGUUAUGGUUAACUUUGUCAACUUAGUCAAGCUUAACUAUACAAAUUUUUCUAACUUGGUGAGAGGUGUAAAGAACUUUAAUUUGGCUUAAAUAUUUUGUUGAAACCCUCUUUGUAUAAAAUUAUUUUUAUUUUAAAGGCUUUCAUCUCUCGAGAAGCUCUCCCCCUCCCCAACAAAGAAACUGGCAAGAUAUAAAUUAGUUUUUUCAGCCAUUAUCCUAGUUGAAAAUUUAACCAAUGAUGCAAUAUAUAGUGAAUUCGUCCCUAUAAAUUCUAUCUAUAAUUUAAGGUAUCAAUUUAGAAUAAAUGUUUUAUUUCAUCUUAAAUAGGAAGUGAAUGCAUUUCUGUAUAUUUGUAUAUAAGGUGAUUGCUUUACAUUUCUGCUCCAUUGUGUCGUUGUAUUGACGUUAACUGUGUACCGGCGUCACUUUGUAUUAUAUACUUAGUAAUAUUAAAUAAAUAUAUGCCAAAUUGAUUUCACUGUUCA